GAGCAUACUUCAUUUUCGAAGGAAAGGGAAACCACAAUUCCCACAAUCCUGUGUCCCGAGUAGGAGGAGGACUACAAAUCCUAUGUGACGCAGUCCCCGUUAGCAAAGGUCUUGGAUGGAGAGGGGAGCCGGGCAAGGGUGGAGCGGUAUAUAUCCGAUAGAGACGUUUCUUGGAGGGGGGAAAAAGUCCGGAGUCACAUCCGAAUCCGUCCGCUUGCGAAUGCUGAACAGCCUGGAUUCACACCGGAUUCUCCUCUCCUUCCUCAAGAAAGCAAAUAGAUGCCAUGGAUUCAGCUAAGGGGCCUUUGGUGAGUUUUGAAGACCUCGCCAUGUAUUUUACGGAGGGGGAAUGGGCCCUCCUGACUCAGGACCAAAGAGCCUUAUAUGUAGAGGUCAUGCUGGAGAAUUACAAGAAUGUGGCUUCAUUGGGAUGGGUAGCCCCCAAGCCUGGCAUCCAUCUUCUGGCACGAGGCAAAGAAUCACAGCCACCCAAUCCGCUGGAUCUGGAUGAAGAUUACUAUUUCUCCAGUUCAGCAGCUGACCCUAGGACGAUAAAUAUAUGCUUAAAAUAUGGAAUUUUCCCUUCUGAGAUGCCAGGUUAUCUCAGACCUCCAACACACCACGCAAGAGGGAACCUUUAUAAAUGUUUGAGUUGUCAGAAGUGUUUUCCUGAAUUUUCCGAGCUCAUGACACAUCAAGAGAGCCACGUGAAAGAGCAGCCGCAUGAAUGCUUGGAGUUUGGCGAAUAUUUUACGGACAGGUCCCCCCUGCUUGGCCAUGGACCAACCCAUGGGGGGAAGAAACUUUUCCAAUGCUUGCAGUGCGGAAGAUAUUUUCCUUCCAAGUCAGUCCUCACGACACACUUGCGCAUCCACACGGGAGAAAAACCGUACAAGUGCACGGUGUGCGGGAAAUCUUUUGCUCAAAAAGGAAACCUUGUUGAACACCAGAAAGUCCACACCAGAGACAAACCUCAUAAAUGCCUGGUGUGUGGGAUACACUACUCUCAACCUUCACAACUGGUGAGACACCAAAGAGCCCACACAGGGGACGUUGUCUUUAAAUGUUCGGAAUGUGGGAAGUGUUUUGCUCAGAAAUGGCUCCUGGAUGACCAUCAGCAAAUCCACACUGGAAAAGUACCAUUCCAGUGCUUAGACUGUGGAAAAGGCUUUUCACAGAAGGGCAAUCUUGAGGAACACCGUAGAGUCCAUACAGGAGAGAAACCUUACCAAUGCUCCAUGUGCGGGAAGCGCUUUGCCAGCCGGUCAUCCUUCAAGUACCAUCGCCGGGUUCACACAGGAGAGAAGCCUUUUAAAUGCUCAGAAUGUGGGAAAAAUUUUUCUGACCGAUCCGCCCUCCUCUACCACAAAAGAGGCCACAAGGGAGAGAAACCUUUCCACUGCUCAGAGUGCGGGAAAUGUUUUGCCGCGAAAUCGUCCUUGCUGAGCCACCGGAGAACUCACACCGGAGAAAAACCUUACCAGUGUGUGGAGUGUCUGAUCAGCUUUGCAGACAAAUCGUCCCUUAUUUGUCACGAGAGGGUCCACACAGGAGAAAAGCCUUACGGCUGCCAGGAGUGUGGCCAAUCUUUCUCCUUCAGAGGAUCCCUCGUUUGCCACCAGAGAUCUCACACGGGAGAAAAACCGUACAAAUGUGUAGACUGUGGGAAGUCGUACUCUAACAGCUCAUCGUAUAUUUACCAUCGAGGAACACAUACAGGGGAAGACCGCUUUAAAUGUUUAGAGUGCGGGGCGUGUUUCGCGCCAAAGCUACUCCUUUCAAGAAACCACCAAAGUGCUAGGGUACAAAAUCCGAUUCAUUACGCGACAUGCUCGUUCUAUCUCAAGUCAAAAGUGCUAUUGAAAACAAAAGGAAAAAAAUAAGGAAACAGGCCGCUUGUCGAGCUUCAGGGAUGGAGAAAUAGAAGCUGCCGUCUUUACGUCUGCACAACAUCGUUGCUGUUGGCAUGCAUCACCGGAGCCGAAAAUAAUGUUUUCGGUGCGGAAAAGAGAAGAAAAGAAAUGAAGUCUUGGCAUUCUUAACAUUCAAGCUUCUGUUGGAAAUGCUUUUCGGGGACGCAUCUGGCAUUUAAUUCCUGUAGCCUCUUGUCACUGAACCAAAUAAAAUACAUAUAAUGAA